GGUUGGUUGGGGGAGGUGGUGCUUAGGUCGGAGGAGGAGGUUGCGCCUACCGAGCAAGGGCAGGGGCAGGCACUGGAUGCUCGCAAACAUAGUGGGCACGCAACCCCUUCACCCAGCUCCUCAGCCGUUCCCCACCCCCACCCGCGCACACGCAUCACACACCCAAACCCAAACACAAGCCCAAGCCCAAGCCCAACCCCAGACGGCGGCGAAGCGCUCGCAAUGCAGUUCUACCGCGUCGAACUUGCGGAACAGAGACGGUUGAUGGGGGUUAUGGAACAUCAUUCUAGGGAGUGUUUUGUAGUUUCUGGCGGGGAGGGGGGGAGCGUGGGCGUGGGCGGGGAUGGGGAGGGAGUGGGCCGUGGUGCUGCGGGCGGUGGGGGGAUGACGGGGGGCGCGGGGUUGAAUGGGUUUAUGGGAGGUGUGAAAGGGCUUAUGGGGGGGAAUGGGCUGCACGGACCGGCGACAGCGACAGGAUCUACACCCGCUACUGUGAACGGGAACGGGACCGGGAAUGGGAUUGGAGGCGCCUCCCUGGAAGGGAAAGAUUAUGCCCAGUCGCACUCCCAGGCGCGUUCGCACACCGCCCGUGCUGGCUUCCACCCCCCGGCAGACGAGACCGAAUUCCCAUUCUCGAUCACAGCAGGUAUCGAGAAAGGUGCUCUGAACCGGUACCGCAACAUCUGGCCCUUUGCACAUACGCGAGUGCGUUUGCCAAAAGGCACUGCGAGCGACGGGUCGGAUUACGUUAACGCUAGCUUUGUACAUCCUCGUGGUACGCGCAGGAGGUAUGUGUGUGCGCAAGGACCGCUCGAAGCUACCCGGGGCGAUUUCUGGAACCUCGUCUGGGACCAGAACAUUACUACUAUUAUCAUGCUAACGAAGCAGACUGAAGCGGGGCUGUCAAAAUGUUGUCCAUACUGGAGUCAGCCGCUAGCUGGGCCAUUCAAGCUUAAGCUCCUCUCUGCCCAAGGGGGGGAAGAUGAGCCCGGAACAGGAGUGGGAGGAGGAGGAGGAGGCGGGUUCUUCGACAUGCACGGUACAACGGACGAACAAGGGCCUAUAAAGCGCGUAUUCGCUUUGAGCAAACACGGUUCCCAAGGAGAACGGAUCGUCACCCAACUACAGAUGGUCUCCUGGCCGGACUGGGAAGUACCCCAUUCGCCACGCACCCUGCUAGGCCUGAUCGAGCAGACGAACCAGCUUCGCGCUCGUGCGAAGGACCCGGACGCUCCUGUGCUCGUGCAUUGUUCGGCUGGCGUGGGACGCACGGGGAGUUUCGUACUUAUUGAUGCUGUUUUGGACGGGUUGAGGUCUGAGCUCUUGGAGAGGAAGGCGAGGCUCGAUAGGGGGGAUAAGCUCUCCCUCCACAGGAACGGGAACGGGAAGGCGGAAGGCAUGGGCAUGGGCUUGGGCUUGGGAUCGGCAGUCGCUCCCCCCUCCGCCUCCGCCUCUGGGGGCACGAAUGGGAGUGCAAGCGCUAGUGGAAGCUUCUCUUCCCUCUCGUUGUCUUUCCGCCUCCAUAGGCAGAGCUCGAUGGACAGCUCUGCGCCUACAUCUCGUUCUCCCAGUACGGAUAUCUCCCUUCCUCCUUCGCCUGGCCCGGCGCACGCCGCCGCCGCCGCCACAGCAGCAGCAGCAGCAGCAGCAGCAGCGAAACUCAGCCCGUCGGAAUCGAUAGUCACCCUCCUCCCCUCUCACUCGCCUCUAUCCCUCACCUCCAACCCCAACCCAGAAUCCUUCCAUCACUCAUUCGACUACACCCUCCCCCGUAGCAAGCACGCCCGUGCCCACCCGAGCCGCACACCCACACCAUUGAGCUCCAUGCACCCCGAUCCUAUCCAGCAGGUGUUGGAGGAUAUGCGCGAGCAGCGGAUGUCGCUCUGUCAGAGCUUGACGCAGUAUGUCUUUUGUCAUAGGGCGAUAUGUGAGGGGGCGAUCGGGAUUGCGCGAGAGGUGUUUGGGGAGGACUGGCCUGGGGAUCUUGAUGCCCAUGCUGAUGUGGAUGGUCCCACGCCGGCAUCGCCGUCGAUCCUUUCCCCCAAUGCCAUGGAGCUCGAUUCCCCGGAAUUCAACUUUUCACACGCUCACACACCGAUGGCAUUGGCCAACCCCAACCUGCACAUGCACGCAAAACGCGCUGCGAGCAAAAGCCCAGAACAAGUAGAACGUCUCCUCUCCCUCAGCCCGGGGAUGGACGUCUCCCUCUCACCCUCCGGCUCCCCUUGUCCUGCCGCUCCUGCCAUGCUGCAGAAUGGGGUUCCUACUCCUACUCCUGGCAUGGGGUUGGUUCAUGAGAGCAUGAUGAGCAGGAAACCGAGUGUGAAGAGGCAGAUGACGCGCAGGGGAGACGUGGCCUGCGGUGCUGCUUCCCCAAUGUCGAUGCGGUAGCGUGGGAAGCGGGUGUUGUACACCGCAUUGGCGUUGUUGUUGUAUCGGAAUAGGAUAGGGUUUCUUUCGCUUUCCUUCUUCUCUCGCGGUAUCUUUUUCCUUCUCGGCUUGGUUUUCCCGCAUAUGCUCGCCUUUCUCGGUAUUUGCCCGCUCGCCGAGCGGCCGCCACUGUAUCCC